AUGCUUGGCCCUUUCAGGCUCGCUUCCUCGCCUCGCUUCCAGGUUCCCACCAGGUCGGAGUUUUCGCCGGAAAGGUGUGUGAAGUGUGUAAAGUGUGUGAAGCCCAAACUUCAAACCUAGUGCUAGCUUCACCAGUGCAGGGUACUGGAUCCCCCGCAAGGUCCUCCAAUUCGUCCAACACCGACAAGCGAGCAUGCCCUCUCUUUCCUCCGUGCCGACGAUCACUGGACUGGGAGACAGAGACACCAAGAUAACCCCAGCAGAGAGCGGUGGCAAUCGGCCAAUCUGAUGAUCCUCCAGACUCGUGGUGCGGCUGAGGCUAUGACCGUGCGAUUAACCUUAGCUCUGGCAGCUCUGAGCUUGAGGAUUGGGCGCCUGGUGGACCAGGUCGUGAGUGGUUGUCAAUUCAUAAAGGGAAUAUAAAGUUUGGAAAUCCACUGGCACGCGAAAUCUGUCGAGAACCUCAACCCACAAACACGAAUGUUGUUCCUCCGCAUGAGAGACUCCUCGAAAUCUCCCCCACCGUCGACGAGCGAUUCCGCACUGCCCAGGCGAUGAACAAUUGGCCGGCGGUCAAAGAAGCAAAGGGCGGCAGACUCGACUCCUGA